GUCAAGGCCGUUGCACUGGUCGAUCCCGCAAAUGGUGCGGUCCGCGAGUGCAAUUUGUUCUCUUUACAGAUUGGGAAGGGGAGGAUUCUGCACCUGUUUGUCGAUGAGAAGGAUCCGACAAUUGUACGGAAAAUCAUGCUGUUCCGCGGGCGACACCCCGACCAAGCGUUUUCCACGGUGGUUUUCCGGAAUUGGAGAGUAGCUAGGCGGGAAAAUGAUGAAAGUGCAAAUGCGCCCUCCGAGGAACUGCAUAACGUGAAGUUUCUCCACCCGUCCCCGAGUUGGCACUGCCACAAGGUGGAUACGAGUCAAGUAGGAGGAGAAGUAGAAGGCAGUGGGAGUGGCCCGGUGGAACUGGCAUCAACAUCCGAAGAAAAUAAGCUUUCUCGCGAAGUAGAUGAUCACAUCAAGAUCCCACUGCACCACCGGUCCAGCGCUUUCAAAGACAGUCUGUUCGCGUUUUCCGGUGCUCUGGGGCAGUACCACUUGCUCGCGAUUUAUCACAGGAAAAAAGUGUUACAGUUACACAUUUGUUGGAGUUUCUGCAUCACAAAGUUGCUCGACAUGGCAAAGAAAACCUGUGAUGCGCAGACUAUAAAGGAAAACACGUAUGAAGUGAGGUUGGCAAGCAUCUCCUGCAUGACAGAGGUUGUCUGUCUUGCUUGUCUCCCAUCAGAGUGUGUAACUGUAACACUUUUUUCUCACGAUACGAUUCCGCUUUUGUCCUUACCGGGGGAGCUGGAUCUGCUCGUGAACAAAGACCGGGCGUUUGGACUCGACGCUGUGCGGGACUUAUCCUUCUUCCAUUUCGAAUUUGCGGCGAGGAAGUACGAUGGAGGAGGAGCGUCCUCGUUCGGAGCAGGAUCUGGCGCCUCUUCCACCGCUUUAUUUUCCAGAGAACCAGAACCACCAGGCAGAGGCAUUGGUUCGCUCUUUCCGCUCUACCGCGGCCGACUGGCGGUGAAUUUCGCGCGGAGGCUGUUCUACUUGACCGCACACAGCCGAGGUGCUGGUGGCUCAACGGCGGAAACGGCUUUGAGGCUUACAGUGGACGGCAGAUACAACAGUAAAUCCAAGGGAGUUUUCGUCGAGUUCAAUGCCGCUGCGAAAAAACCGGGGAGAGCGUCAAGCUCGCCCUCGGCAGGCAUACAAAACGGUGGAGAAGUCACCGAAAACGAGAACAACUACUGCUUUUCCUACGCAUUAGAGGCAGACGGAGAACAAGAUGGCACUUUUUCGGGCACAAAGCUCCUGCGCGAAAUCGAAAAGAACGACAAUAAUUUUCUUCAUUUCGUCGAAUCCAGAACCAUUCUCCUCAAUGCGCGGGAAACGGAAUGCUACGUCUGGGCUUUAAAUCUCGACAGAAAAUCCAAUAGUCUCCUCCUCUACAUCUCCAUCGAGGACGGGGACGUGGUGCAGGUUGAACAUCCCAACAGCCGUAUCCUGAGCAAAAACGUCCCCAGUUGCUAAAUCUGCAACACAAAUCCCCAGGAAUUGGGAGUUGUGCAUGACAAGUUUCCAUCUGCAGUGUAUGGCAAGGGAAGCAGCAUGAGAAAGCCAUUGAUUUUGUCAUCCUGUUUACGGCAUUACAGAUGCCAAAGCACGACUGGAAAUGCCCUUCAUGGGGAUGCGCGUUACAAAUGUUCUUGUCAUCGCACAUUUGCAUGACAAGUGGGAACGUUUUUGCAAAGGAUAAGCCGUCAAGCGUUCGAAGUUUUUGAUUUCGAUCGGCACCCGGGGAAAUUCGAGUUCAAAACGCCCUCGGUGGAGACCUGCCCGCCCGCGAAGGAAGACCGAUUUCACUUGUUUGAGUCGCCCUUGGAGCUCGGCGCGCGGAGCAGCGACGAGGAGACAAGUGGGUCUUCUGGAAUGAUGUCGUCGUCGUCGACAUCGUCGUUGUCCACCUCAUCGUCUUCUGGACUGCAGACCCCUAUUCUCGGCCCGGCGCUCUCCGCGUUGGAGCGAAGCGGCGUGAAAAACAGCGCACCACCAGUGAGUUUAAUCGCGGCGCCGCUGGAAUGGCCGAAGUUGGCGGAGCACUUUAGGAACCUGUGUGGUCCUCGUGGUCCUCGAGGAAGUGGCACAUCAGAAACGAGCGACGAUGAGGUGGGUACGACCGCGGAAGUAGGUGGAAAAAGCGACCCGUGCAGAGCAAACCGGGUGACAAGAAACGUAGCAACCUCCAAAACGGUGGUGACAGCGCCAUCGCAGGAGGACCAAGCUGCGCAUGAGCAAACUGCUCAGCAACUACAACAGCAGACCGCUCAAUCUGUGCAGCCAAAUGCAGCUGCAGCCACCACAACAGCAAAUGAAGAGUUAGUGGACGACAGUCCAGCCACUCUAAAUGCCAUCUCUACGUCAACCGAGGCCACCAGUGCGAGCGCCCGGGCGGUCGCGAACGCGCUGGAUGGGCCGCCAGGAUAUGCAUUGCAAAUAUGUCUGGGUCUGGAAAGUUCCGAUGCUAAUGCCCGAAUGAUACGCAACCUGUAUUAGGAGGCCGUGCAUGUUCUUGACAAGUUUCUGAGCGGCUAUGUCUUGCGUGAACCGCAUGACAAGUGGCCUUUUUGCGUGACAAACAAGUGGCACUGUAGCGCGCCAAGCAUGACAGACUUUUCUGUCUUGUCGGCCAAGCAUGACAGACUUGCAUUCUUCCAGACAUCCAGGGAUAUUUGCACUGGAUACAGGAGACCAUACUACAACCGCUCCAUCCGACGAUUUCCGUGGUCCGUUGUCCCACUUGCUCUUCAAUUCCGCUUUUCAAUUCGAUUUCACCAGUGUCUUCUCUCCCCAGUACGCCCAACACGAGCACAAAACCCAACUGACCAGCUUCGACGAAAACAGGAACCAAAAACCGGCAAAAAGCCACGGCACGGUUGUGGUUGAUUACCAAAAUAGACGGUUGUUCAUCGACAGUUACGCCGACCAUUUAGGGUCCGCGGGGACGGGGUACAACAGUAAUGUGCAAACCCAGUUGCUAUUGCAGGAAAACGGAAAACAAUCGUUCACCUUUCUGAAGACCAGAAAGGGGGAGAAGUGUGUGGAGUUCGAUUUGGAGAGAAAUACUUUGAGUAAAGAAGCCAAUAUCGAAAACGGGUUUGGCCUUACGCAUAUGCGGGAGGAUAAGAAGACGCAGACCUACCCGCAUCUGCGCAAGUUCAACGUGCGGGACAUCGUCGCCUAUGCUGACGUAGAGUUGACCAGGUUGACGCACAUGGAGAUACCAAGACGAGGGGUGAAUGUGGAUAUCCGGAACUGGAGGAAGAUUCCAUCGAGUGGCGGGAGUGCUGACAAUUUUCUCAGCCUGAUCAAGCCAAAGCUGGCUUUUGACCCGGAUAAUCAAAGUUGUGAAAAGUCGCCAACGGUGUUGACGCGGGCGCAUUGGACCUUGGCGGAUGUGUUUCUCGCAUGAUAGAGAACUACUACUGCAAGAAAUAGAAAAUAUCUAUUCCUUCGGGCAAAAAGUUUGGUGUAUUGGAAUCGGGAAAAAUGAAACAACAGCACCUUCGCAGAAGAUCUAGUGCAAUUUUAGUGCUCCUCGCACACGGGCCCGGACUCGAUCCCGCCUGGGUAAGAAUGGCGCGAGUUGUGUGAAAAGAU